CUACAAGAAGCUGAAUUAAGAUCUACUGUUUCUUCCAGUAAUGGAGGGGAAAGUUCCAGUCGCAGCGCUGAGAAGCGAUCAGCUGAAGAAGAAGCUGCAGACCUCCCAACAAAACCUACAAAGAUCUCCAAGUUUGGAUUUGCCAUAGGUAGUCAGACGACAAAGAAAGCCUCAGCCAUAUCCAUCAAACUUGGAUCAAGUAAGCCUAAAGAAACUGUUCCAACACUUGCUCCAAAAACCCUUUCAGUAGCAGCAGCUUUUAAUGAAGAUGAAGAUAGUGAGCCAGAGGAAAUGCCUCCAGAAGCAAAGAUGAGGAUGAAGAAUAUUGGAAGGGAUACACCAACAUCAGCAGGACCAAACUCCUUCAAUAAAGGAAAGCAUGGUUUUUCUGAUAACCAGAAGCUCUGGGAACGAAAUAUAAAAUCUCAUCUUGGAAAUGUCCAUGACCAAGACAAUUAAAUGAUGUGUUGAAAUUGGGGUGUGGGGGUGGGUGUAAAGUUAAAAGGAACAGUUUCCUUUUUUAAAGAAUGGUAUAAGACUAUCUUUGGAGCCGCCUUUUUUUUUUUUUUUUUUUUUUUAAGAUUGAGUGGUACACUAAUAAAUGAGAGUUUGAAAUUAGAGGUAAUUUAUGUUUUAUAUACAGAUUUCAAGACAUUUGCUAAUUUUGUAGUUUCAUGUGAUUAGUUUCCAAAGGUUACAGAUAAUAAAAAAUCAGAAAUGGUACCUUUCUAAGAAUUGCAUAUUUUUUUAGACACAACUAUUAGCACAUUAAGAGGAACGCAAAAAGUUAUCGUCUAUUAACCUGCAAGCAAUUACUCUUAACUCCCUUAUUAACCUAAAGUGUCUGGCUCCCAGGAACAGCCUUAUAGAGAGGGAGUAUUGUAUUGGGAAGAAAAUGUUACUGACCUAUGACUGAAAAAAGUACGUUAGAUAAAAUUAAAAUACGGCUUUUUUCCCCCCUAAUGGGCAUUUGUUUUGUUUCAAGUCAUUGUAAACUAGAUAUUGCAUUGCUAUCAGUUGGUACAGAUGCUUAGCUCUUCAAAAAAAUUUUUUUAAUUUUAUGUAAAUUGUUGAGUAUUGGAAAUAGCCCACUUCACUUUAAUGGGUCUUGUCUACCUUAGUCUUCAAAGACCAUUUGCUACCAAAGUAAAUCAGUAUUUUGAAUGUGCUUCUCUUGGUUUUUGUUACUAGCUAGUUCCUGUAAGCAUUUCCACCAGAUCUUGAGGCAAAUCGUAAGGAAGCUGUUUCUUUUAAAAUACAAACCACCACCAAAAAUUUAAAUGUACAUAAUACUUAAAUAUUUGGCUGUUUUUAUUUUUAAAAGGUAGAACCACCAAAAAACAACAUUGUAUGAAGAUGAAAAUGAGAAAGAUGCACUUGCUAUAACUUCGUUUAAGCUUAAUUUAAGUUACUAACUUGUGAAAGCAAAUUUGAUUUGAACCUAAUGCAAGAAUUAUUUUAGUACAGUAAUAUGGUUUAUUUGAAGUGUAUGCAUAUUAACCAGUGGCCUCUCAAAAGCACAUUUUAGGUACCGAAGAAAGAAAAUGCAUCUUUAAACAUAUCUUAUGGAUUCGUUGACACAUAUAUGUUGUUAGACCUAUGUAUUCUAGGGUUUUUUUUUUUUAAAUUCUUGUAUAAAUUAUUUUUUAAUGUGACCGUUAAAUACAUCUUUAAAAGCUUCGUCACAAAUAAAAGAAACAGUAUAAUGA